AUGUUUGGCUGCAGGAACAUGGCCCGAACAACUGAUGUGUGUGUGUGUGGGGGGGAUGUGCACUGCGAAGAAAAUGAAAAAAAUGUUGCGAGACGAACACCACGACAAGACCGGAGUGAAGUUGUGUUUUGUCCACUUGCGCGAGGGCGGCCUGCCACCUGGUCGGUUAGGAGGAUUAUUUUUUUGCGUUGUUGCGCUCUCUUUAUAUUCCGCUGCGUUUUCUUGCGGACCUGCGAGGGGAGAUUUGCAAGAAAUUCCUGCGAGGCGUCCGUGCCGCCGUCGGAAAAGCGGAUCCCCCUUGAAAAACGCUGCUUUUUAAAUUUGUUUUGGGCGGGGGGUUCCUGUCGAUUCACUGCGACUUUGUUUUGCGGAUUUGAUGCGUGUGUUUCCGAGCGGUUCGAUCAGUGCUCCCAGCCCACUCGGAUGUGGUGUGCGCGUCGACGUGAAGGUGCCUGCCAGUCGUUUUAUUGCCUUCCCCGCUGUGGCUGCCGCCGCUGCCUUCUUCUCUUCCUGAGAUCCUGCGGCUUCUUGACAAGAUGUUUUGGGGAAGGCGUUGCCGCUCUUAUCGUCCAUGGUAUUUUGAUUCUGGUGUCGCGGUCAGGAGACAUUGAACGAGAGGGUUUGCUGCCCUUUUGUUUUAUUUGUCCUCUCUGCCUGACGGCCAGUUCUACACAAACGUGCUCCUCGGCAUCUCAGUUGGUGCUGGCGGGAUUGCUUACGGUUGUCACUGACAAUCGCAUGCGCCACCUCUUCUCUGCUCAUUUUCAGUGUCGCAUUUUUUAUUGA